AUUUUCCAACUGUCCCAUUAACUGAUUUUAAUCCUGAUGAAGUUUCCUCAAUUUCCAAUGCUGUGAAUGGUGCUGCUGUGCAUGAUAUAAAGAUAACAACUUCUUCAGAGGAGCUCUUUCUUGUACUCCCAUCAAGAGAAAGUGUUGUUGAACUACAGCCAGAGUUUGAUGCUAUAAAGAAAUGUCCUGGAAGGGGGAUAAUUAUUUCAGCGGCUGCUCCCUCAGGGUCUGGGUUUGAUUUUUAUAGCCGAUUCUUUUGCCCAAAACUUGGGGUCAAUGAGGAUCAUGUUUGUGGGAGUGCACAUUGUGCCUUAGCACCGUAUUGGAGCAAAAAAUUGGGGAAGUGUGAUUUUGUUGCAAACGCGGCCUCACCCAGAGGUGGAGUUGUAAAUAUUCAUUUAGACGAACAAAACCAAAGAGUGCUACUGCGAGGAGAAGCUGUUACUGUCAUGCAGGGGUCUCUUCUAGUUUAGAGAUUUGGAGUUGAAACUUGAAAUCCAUAUGGAAUGUAUUAUACCUCCAUAAUAAAAUGAUAUUUCUGGAUGGGAGAAUCCACUAGAAUUGGAAUUGAACAUCAAAUUUCAAAUUCUAGAGCUGCUUUCUUGUCUUGUUAUAAACUAACUUUGUGUAAGUUUUGGUUUGGAACCAUAUGUAAUUAUUAAAAUAUUGCUACUCUUUA